GGUUUCAAAGCAACAUAUUAACACUGACAAACAUUUCAACAGUGUUUCGUCAGUAAUUCAUCAGUAUUCUACGUACGUGCGCCUAUCUAAGACCAGUGAGUGAAAUCAGCAUCUGGGUAGGAUGGAAUUCGCCUCAUCAUCAGCACUUAAUCUCUUUCGCGUAUCACACAGAAACAAAAUUAAUACAAAGUGAUGAAAUUAUAUCAAAAGAAAAUCGUGUGUAAAGGAAUAAGAGCCUUACUUCUUGGUGAAUUAUAAAAGAUGUACGGGUCGUGGAUGGGGACAUAUGCACACCCGGUACGUUCCCAAUGUGCGCGUUUCCGUAGAGCAUCAUCAGCACUGGUGUGGACCGAACAGCGACACGGGAGGGUCCUUAUGAAGCAGGAGAGGAGCAAUGAGCGACCGAAUGUGUUUCUUCGGGACUGACAUCCUGUCGUUCGCGCUACCGCAUCUACCUUGAAGAACGAAUGGAUAUAUACAAACGUAUAUUUAAAAUCAUUUACAGCGGAUGAAAGAAGAAUGGGUUUGAUUUUGGUUAUUGGUUAUUCUGUCAGCCCUGCCUUCGGGGAGUGCAUUAUUUCUCCAGUUCUGCUUUAAUGACCAAAAAGCCGAUAUCACGUCGUGGAGAUGCGAUGGCGGAGCAGCAGGAGCUCAGCUGGACCGCGAUGUACCUGCUCUUGGCCGCAGCCCCGACAUCACAGUGUCUCUAAGCUCACCGGGAGAAGCCAGCAGGGCUGCUGAGGCGUCAGGUAUGAAGCACCGUGCGACCGUUCAGUGCUCCGAGCAAGCGAAGCCCCCCCCGAUGGAGCGGCACCCCGGCCCUGAGAGCAGCGCGCGGCCCGUGACGCCUCCGCCUCGCCUGUGCCGCGAGUGACAUGAGCACCCGCAUCGAGGGCCACAGAGCUGCAGGCGUACGCGUGGAUUGCUGGGGGAAGGGUGUUGGGCACGAGCUGGGAACCGGGUGUGGGGAAGCCCCCGUUGCGGCUGCUGGAGAUCGGCACGCGAGGCAGAGCGGGGCGCGGACACAUGUUGGGAAACCCGAUUGCACAGGUCCGCGUGCCUUCAGCUGCCCCCACAUCCUCAUACAUGUCUCCUGCCGCUGGUCUUUAACAGAACCCGUGCACUUGACUUACCUGUUUACUCCUAUGACCAUCUUCUGUUUAUUACUAUUCAUCAUGCUGCUUAAAAUAGUCAUGUUAUGGAAUACUGGUUAUUGACGAACUGAUUGGAAUUAACGAGAUGAGACUGAUGCGCCAGUGGGCUGAUCACCAGGUGCCCUCCCUCGGCUGGUUACCCUCAUUGUGACUCUUAAUCAGCGCCAUGGGCUGCAUCCAGAGUAUCGCCUGCAAGUCCCGUAUCAAACGCGAGAACAUCGUGGUGUACGACGUGUCAGCCACCAUCGACCAGUGUCCCACCUUCAUCGAGGAGAACUCCCCCAUUGUGCUGCGCUACAAGACGCCGUAUUUUAAAGCGUCGGCCCGCGUGGUGAUGCCCCCUAUUCCGCGCAACGAGACGUGGGUAGUGGGCUGGAUACAGGCGUGCACGCAAAUGGAGUUUUACAACACGUACAGCGACAUUGGCAUGUCAAGCUGGGAGCUGCCAGAGCUGCGAGAAGGCCAGGUGAAGGCCAUCAGUGAUUCAGAUGGCGUGAGUUACCCCUGGUAUGGCAACACCACAGAGACUGUGACCUUGACAGGGCCCACCUCCAAACCCUCCCGCUUCACAGUCAGCAUGAAUGACAACUUCUACCCCAGCGUGACAUGGGCCGUGCCAGUGAGCGACAGCAAUGUACCUCUGUUGACUCGCAUCAAGAGGGACCAGAGCUUUACUACAUGGCUGGUGGCCCUGAACACUAGUACAAAGGAAAAGAUUCUGCUACAGACUAUCAAGUGGCGCAUGCGGGUGGACAUUGCAGUGGACCCCACCAAGCCCCUGGGAUCUAGGGCCACGCUAACAGGCCGGCCACAGCAGGAUCAGCCACGCGUUCUUACCCGCAUGGAGCCCAUCCCGCCCAAUGCCCUGGGCCGUCCCAAUGCCAACGAUGCCCAGGUGCUUAUGUGGAGACCUAAGCGGGGCACUCCUCUGGUGGUGAUCCCAUCUAAGUAGCACAGGGGAUGUGUGGGCAGUCCAGGCCAUGGACAGCAGAUGAAGGAAAAGACUUGAUUAUGGGGAAGGGGGCUGCCUUAAAUCCCAACCAUUGCCUUUAAACUGGAGAACAGGAGCAAUGGAGCUGGAAAAGGAUGAGCACCAUGAAAAAGACUGAAUCUGCCUUAAAUCUCCAGCAUAUUGGAGACAAAAAGUAGGACUGUGUUUGAACAGUGCCCCAUCAGUGUGCCAUUGAUUGACCUAAACCAGACACAGCACCACACAACAUGGCUGACAGCCCUCUGUAAGAGGGGACCACCUGAACACAGGGAACAUGGAAACCUCACACCCACUUACACAGACCCACGUGAGACCAGUAAUGCAGUCAUGUCAGGUGGUAGAGCAUGCAGACACCCUGGCACUGAGGAACCAAUGCCAGAGCCCAGUGUGCUCAUCAUUACUGGGAAAAGGAAUACCAGUACAGCAGUUUAAGACCCUGCCUUAAAGUUCAUUCAAAGUUAUGAUCAGAGAUGGUCUCACCCCUCAAAUGGGCAGAGGACAGCAAGCUGCUGUCUCUCACCUUGGGACUUUGGGGCAUAAGUGGGUGGAAAGAGGGACUUGGGGGUAUGCAAAGAUGUAAACUCCCUACACUGUCUGUUACCGAGGUACAAACCAUACAGGCCUUCUAAGUCUGAGGACAUACAGCACAGCAGAGUCAAGCCAAAACCCUUGUCUUAAAGAUCUGUAUACAGAUAAGCACAGUGACAACAGACUAUGCGGAGACAAGGAAACUCCGCACACACACAUACUGCACAAUGAUGUGCACCCAGAAACCUCAGACUGCUCCAGCCACCCAGGCCAUCUGCAUUGCCAAGCAUCACCCAUUUCCACUGAGUCACAUUGCCAGCUGUUUUGUUAAAAUGCCAAGCCCGACCAUGUGGCCAAGGGCAGGAUCGCAACGAGACCGUACAUUGUGCGCAGCGUGAGGAGGGAAGAUAUGUGGGUAAAUGAAAAGGAACCUUUGGUCUUUUAUUGUUUUUUUUGCAUGCAAGCAGUGUUUCUAAAAAUAAUAAAGGAGUGAAAAUUAGUAAUAAGCCCAUUUGUGGUGUUUGCUGAUCACUGCUCUGUAACUUCACACCAUUUGAUGGUCACAGUCAGUACUAAUAGGGCUGACAGUCAGUAGAACCGUGUGACUUGGUGAUAUGACAUCUUGCAUUAUGUCUUCGCUCAUAAGAGUUCCACCCUGACCUCUUAACUACUUCAGAAGUUAACAAGGCAAAACCAACAAGUCACCAGAGAUUUCCCUUCAGAAACAUACUAAAAGGCUAACAGAUUCUUAGGAAAGGGCCCAGAAAGAGGAAUUAACUUUGUGCUUUGAUCUUCAGAUCAUCAACAGCAUAUUUUUAGGAGUAGGGUAAUAUUGAUGCUGAAAUGAGGUGAACAGCAUAAAACCAGGAAAAAGACAACAACCAUAAAUAGUCAACCAACCAUAAAUAAAAAGACAACCAUCUCCCACUCAGUAGCUAUUUUGACAAACAUUCCACUACCCCAACAGAGGGCGCUGUCACACCCAUAACAAACAGCAAUAUAUGGGAUAUCUGUUAAAAGUCCUAGGUAACACAAAAUAUGACCAUUUGAAACUUGUCCAUUCCAAAGACAAGAAACCUUCCCUUCAUCAAGAAUACAACAGUUCUAUGCACAUG